UUUUUGAUGUGGGCCAUAAACUCAUGUGUAUCCUCCACCAUGGACAGUGAUUUACAACACAACAGCUCUUUGUAAUCUGAGGCACAUGGUUAAAACGCAUGGACAUCAUUUCAAGCUUUUACAAGUAUCUGUGAAAUUUAGAAGGCAUGAACAAUUUGCUGGCACCGGCUGACAAAGCAUCUAUUAUAGGCUGUCCAUUUAAAGACUGUCCACAUUUCUAAACGUCUUAGUACUGAAGUAUCCUACACCAUCUGCCUCUUCACAAGUGCAAAUGAAUCGAAAAAUAAUUGCGUUGGUCGUCAUGUCACUUCCACUGAUUCUGAGCCCCCAGGUUUUUGGGCUCGCGACAGACGGUUUGAGCAAUCUGCAAAAUAUUGCAGGGAAGCUCAGCUUCAUUCAGAGGGAAGGAAAUGUGACUUAUCUGCGGGACAAGGAGCUGGCAACGGAAGUUCCAACCGAGGCAAAGUUCGAACUGUUCGAUCCAAUGAACACUUUACGCACCGCCAGAUUCAACUAUACCUGGGACUUCGGCAACGGAGAGGUGCUGAAGGGAUCAGAGCCGUCUGUGCACUAUAACUACUCAUCCUCUGGAAACUACACUCUGCGGCUGAGAGUUGGGGCCCAAGUGAACACAACCUCUACUCCACUAACUGGGGUAUACACCAUAGACGUUACAGUUUUGGACGCCAUCAGAAAUAUUGAGUUGAAGAGCCCUCUGAUUUUCCAGGUUUCCAGAAACAACAGUCUGGCUGUUCAUGUGGAUGGAAGUCCUCCCAUGUGGGUCUGUUGGAGGUUCCUACAGAACUGUGUAUCAGCAACCCCUACAGGCUGUCACCUGACCAUGCUGUAUGAGAACACCAUGAUACUGAACCACACCUUCACAGCUUUAGGAGUCCACUGUCUGGACAUCAGCGCCCGCAACGACAUCAGCAAACUGCAGACCUCCUACAACAUCUUUGUGAGGAGAGAUCCCUCUAUUAACCUGCUCUUCAUCAUGAUGUGUGCUUUGAUCGUCUUGGCAAUCCUCGCCUUCAUCAGUGUUAUAGCCUGUCGCCAUAAGAAAGGACGCAACAACAAACCACAGAUGUCUAAGUCCAGUAACGCCACUUACUCCAGCAUGAACAUGGAACUGCAGCCACAACAGGACAUCCCUGAUAUCAGUAGUGAUAUCUAUGUGUCCAGUUCAAAGAAAGAAGAGGUCCAACCCCUUCUACAGCACGGGACCAGAUCUGUCGCCAACUCCUACCGCAGCUAGUCUUCAUUUACACACAUUGAUUUGAGCUUUGUGUUGGACUGAUUCAAGUCAAAUGUUAAUAGUUUGCUAUCAAUGUAUAGUUUGAGAUGAAUAUACAGUACCAGUCAAAAGUUUGGACACACCUACUCAUUACAGGAUUUUUCUUUAUGUUUAUUUUCUACAUUGUAGAAUAAUAGUGAAGACAUCAAAACUAUGAAAUAACACAUAUGGAAUCAUGUAGUAAGCAAAAAAGGAUUAAACAAAUGAAAAUAUAUUCAUAUUAAAGAUUCUGCCUUGAUGACAGCUUUGCACCCUCUUGGCAUUGUCAUUCCAAUAUCACAUGAAUACACAUUAGACAUGGCAAAAGUCU